AUGGGUAUUUUUAGUUCAGCUCCUGAAGUUUCUACUACACCACAAAAUCGACAAAGCUACUCAGAUUGAGACUCUCCUCCAUCAUAUUUUAGAGAGCCAAGUUCGUCUCGGAGUCAGCGAAUAUCAAUAACAAAUAGACAGAGGAGCACAAGGCUUAGUGAAGAAGAAAGGAAGAAAUUGUUACAACAGAGAAAGCAGAACAGAGAGAAGGCUAGGAAGGAGGAAGAGAAAAAUAGGAAGAAGAAGAAGAGUAGACUCAAGCAGAGGUUGGAGUUACUUGAUGAGGAUGCUAAGGAGACUUGUAAGAAGUAUAAGGUUCAAUGGGAGAAUACUGACAAGGAGAGAGGAGGAGAGAGGCUUGAGUGAUGGAAGGCUAUUAAGAAUCCAAAUUUGAAUUGAUUUAUGAACGCUUCAAUGCAGAGUUUGUUGAGUCUUCCAGAACUUGUGAAAUAUUUUUCUGGUUGUUCUGAUGGAGAUUUGGCUAAAGAAAAGAAAAGUUAUUUUAGUAAGGAAUUAUAUCCUAAUGCUAAAAUUUCUUGACUGAUGCAAGACUUGUUCAAGCAAUGUUAUGACUCUGAUGCUCCAGAAUUGGAUGUGACUAAGAUCAGGUCUAAGUUUAAAGAUGAUUUCACUGAAACUGAAAUGCAUGACUCAGGAGAAUUCAUUUUAUCAUUACUCAAUACUCUUGAAAAUGAACUAAAUCCUCCAGAUCAACAAUUUAAUACAAAAGAUAUUUGGCAUUACCUUCAAGUAUGGAAAAAGUAUCAAGAGACUUAUCCAUCAAUUAUUAAUAAGCUGUUUGUUGGCAUGGAGCAGACUAUAUUCCGAUGCCAGAAAUGCUUUCAUGAAAGUAAAAUGUAUGAUAUGUUCAAAAAUAUUUCUAUACAAUGUACUCCAGAAGCUCCAAUUAAAGGAUUCAUAGCAUUUCUAUCACAGUUAAAAUCCCCUCAAGAGUGUAAAAUGAAAUGUAAAAACUGUGAUAGUAAGAAAUCAUUUAUUAUUAAAAAGAGAAUCAUUAGGUAUCCAAAAUACUUGAUGCUGGUGAUCGGGAGAGGAGGUCCAUCAACUCAGGAUCAAAUUAGUGGCUUUGUGGAUUACCCUCACAGCUUUGUACAGUUUGACCCUCAAAGUGACCACGAGAUCAAAUACACUUUGAAUAAUGUUAUCGCCAAUAGAACCGUGCACUACUCCACCUAUUGUAAGAGAGGCAGCAAAUGGGUCCAUUUAGAGAACACAGAUGUGAAGGCAAUUCAUCCAAGUGAACUCAAGAAUGAGGAUGCUUAUAUUCUCUUCUACGAAGCAAAGGAUCUAAUAGUUGACUAAAAAUCUCAAUUGUA